UUUCUCAAAGAACGUUAGCAGUAACAGAGGCUUAUUUGUUGUUCGGUACUGCGUAGAAAAUAUUGUUAAUAGUUAGUAAUUUUAGAGGUUUUAGAUUAUUGUAGCAGUUUAUCUACUGUGCUACAAUGAGUUUAAUGUCGUCUGCUCGCAGGAUGGCAGCAGCUGCCCACUUAGGAUAAUUACACACAUGUGAUCCGCCCUCCUUUCUACUUCUCAACGCGACACUCGAUGGAAACAAACUUUGUUCUGUUGUUACUGGCGCCUCUGCGAGGAUGAUGCCAGCGUUGGUUGCUUUUUUUUACAAGAUUCAUCUCUUAGAAUAAACAAAAACUGGAUCAUCAUGUUGCGGGUUGUUGUGGAAUCAGCUACUGGUUUGCCCAAAAAGAAAGUUGGAAGUCCUGAUCCAGUCACGACCGUUUUUUUCAGGGAGGAAAAGCAGAAAACAAGAACUAUCGACAGUGAAGUCAAUCCUGUAUGGAAUGAGGUGAUUGAGUUUAACCUGAAGGGAGCCGCUCUGGAAGCCAACUCCCACAUAGACGUCAUUGUGAAAGACUCUGAGACCUUUGGGAAAGAUAAAUUCAUUGGGUCAACAAGAAUCCCUUUGAGAGAGCUUGCCUCGGGUCAACUUAGAUCAUUGCCAUCCAAAAACGUCCCUCUGGUUGAUGAGAACGGUCACAAUAUUGGUGCCACCAUGAACCUUGUUGUUGGCUAUGAUCCUCCAGCCAAUGCAAUCCUAAAUACCAACGAUGGUGAUUCUACGUUGGAUGCCGGCGGAGGGCAAGCUAACGAGAUGGAACCUGAUGGGGCCAUUAGUGGUUCUGUGAUGGGUCCCUCAUCUCCAGGCCACUCUGCUAGCCUCCGUCAGCGGUUUGCCAGGGUGCAGAAUCGACACCGACUUGUCAACAGACCUCAGGACUUUCAGAUUCGAGUCCGGCUCAUAGAGGCCCGUCAGUUGCCUGGCAACAACGUCAAGCCGGUGGUGAAGAUCCACGUGUGUGACCAGACCCACAGGACACGGAUUAGGAGGGGAAACAACCCAUUUUUCGAUGAGAUGUUCUUCUACAAUGUCCACAUGCUUCCAUCAGACCUGUUUGAACAGAACAUCAGCUUCCGGGUGUAUAAUUCUUACUCCCUCAGAGCCGACAGUCUGAUGGGAGAAUUUAAGCUUGAUGUUGGCUAUGUGUAUGAUGAAGCAGGCCACUGUGUUAUGAGGAAGUGGCUACUCCUAAAUGACCCUGAUGACUCCAACUCUGGGGCGAAAGGGUACCUCAAAGUCAGCCUCUUCGUGGUGGGGAUCGGGGACGAGCCACCAGUAGAGAAAAGGGAGUCCAAUGACGACCAUGAUGACAUUGAAAGCAACCUGCUGCUUCCAGCCGGUGUCACACUACGAUGGGCCACGCUAUCGCUGAAGGUGUUUAGAGCUGAGGACAUACCCCAAAUGGAUGAUGCAUUCAUCCAGUCACUGAAGGAGGUUUUUGGUGCGGAUCAAAAAAAGAAGAACCUGGUGGAUCCUUUCAUAGAGGCUCGUUUCGCUGGCAAAAAGCUAUGUACUCAGAUCAUCGAGAAGAACGCAAACCCUGAGUGGAACCAAGUUUUGAACCUUCAAGUCAAGUUCCCUUCCAUGUGUGAACGUGUUAAACUGACCGUCUUCGAUUGGGACCGUGUGACUGGGAAUGAUGCUGUUGGCACCACAUACCUGAAUCUGGCCAAAAUAGCCUCCUCUGGGGGAGAAAUAGAAGCUGACAGCGGAGAGUCGGAGGUCGGUUUCCUGCCCGUCUUUGGCCCUUGUUACAUCAACCUCUAUGGCAGCCCCCGAGAGUUCAGUGGAUUGCCAGAUCCCUACGAAGACCUCAAUUAUGGAACGGGUGAAGGAGUGGCCUACAGGGGCAGGGUCUUGGUCGAGCUGUCCACUAAGCUGGAAGGCAAAGUUGAUAAAAUCGUCGACAGCAUCUCGAGUGAUGACAUCCUGGUGACACAGAAGUACCAGAGGAGAAGGAAGUACUGUCUUUGCGCAGUCUUCCACAGUGCCUCCAUGAUACAGGAACCAGGUGAACCAAUCCAGUUUGAGGUCAGCAUUGGUAACUAUGGCAACAAACUCGACACCACCUGCAAACCACUGGCCUCCACCACUCAGUAUAGUUGCGCUGUCUUUGAUGGAAACCACUAUUAUUACCUGCCGUGGGCAGGCACCAAGCCCGUGGUUGUGGUCACCUCAUUCUGGGAGGACAUCAGCCACCGCAUGGACACAAUCAAUAUUAUCCUCUACAUCACUCACCGCUUGCAAACAAACCUGGAGGCCUUUAAAAAUGCUGUGUCAGCUAAAGCACCUGACAAUGAACUUGACGCCACGUGGGUGAAGUUGCUCAUUCAGCUGAUUGAAGACUUGGAAAAUUUCCCAACACGAGACCUGGAGGGCUGCUCCAACCUGACAUCGCUGGACAUCCAGCUUAAGAAGCUGCGGGACAGCGGCUUGAACAGCAUCAAGGAGGCAGCCAGGCGCAUGAGGGUGGAGGCUCAAGACGUCGCCGACACUCUGGCUGACAUCGAGUCGUGGGUUGACAAGCUCAGGAUGCUUGCUGAGGAGCCCCAGAACAGCAUGCCUGACGUGAUCAUCUGGAUGCUGCGAGGCGAGAGGAGGGUUGCUUACAGCCGCGUACCGGCUCACCAAAUCCUCUUCUCCACAUACUGUGAGCAGGCCUGUGGGCAACACUGUGGCAAAACCCAAACAAUCUUCUUGAAGUACCCCAUGGACAAGAACGGGGGCUUAAAGGUGCCUGUUGAAAUUGGAGUCAACAUGUGGCUCGGUCUAGCCGCUCAUGAGAAGAAGUUCAACUCCUUUGCUGAGGGAACCUUUAGUGUGUUUGCAGAGCUGUAUGAGAACCAAGCCAGCGUGUUUGGGAAGUGGGGGACCACAGGAUUGGUGAGGCGCCAUAAAUUCUCCGACGUAACCGGCAAACUAAAACUGAAAAAGGAAUACUUCAUGCCACCCCGAGGAUGGGAGUGGGAGUCUGACUGGUUUAUUGACCCGGAGAAAGCUCUUUUAACAGAGGCGGAUGCGGGACACACGGAAUUCAUGGAUGAAGUUUUCCAAAAUGAAACCCGCUUCCCUGGUGGAGAGUGGAAGGCCGCCUCCGAGCCCUUCACCGAUGUGAAUGGAGAGAAGAGCCGCCAUCCAGGAGAAUUUGAUUGUCCUCCCGGUUGGACCUUGGAGGAUGAGUGGGCAGUUGAUGACAACAGAGCUGUGGAUGAUCAAGGUUGGGAAUAUGGCUUGACCAUUCCUCCAGAUGACAAACCUAGGUCCUGGGUCCCUGCAGAGAAGGUGUACCAUGUCCACCGCAGGAGAAGGCUUUUCCGACCUCGCAGGAGAGACACAAUUCCUGCAGGUGCAACCAUGGAGAGAAUGGACCAAGGAGACCCAGAGGGAUGGGAAUUCUCCUCGUUGAUCGGCUGGAAGUUCCACAGGAAGGAGCGAUCAUCAGAUACGUUUCGUCGGAGGCGGUGGAGGAGAAAGAUGGCACCGGAAGAGCGCCUAGGAGCGUCUGCCAUCUUUAAACUAGAGGGUGCACUGGGUGUUGAUACUGAAGAGAAAGAGCAAAGCUCCAAGGGUGAUGUCACCAAGAUGUUUGGUGCUAACACACCCACUGUGUCCUGCUCAUUUGACAGGUCAUAUAUGUAUCACCUGCGUGUGUACGUCUAUCAGGCACGCAAUCUGACAUCGAUGGACAAAGAUAGUUUUUCUGAUCCGUACGCCCACAUCUCCUUCUUGCAUCUGAGUAAGACAACAGAGAAGCUGCAAGCGACUCUAAACCCAACCUGGGACCAAACUUUGAUUUUUAACAACGUGGAGAUUUACAGCAACCCGCAGACUAUCGCGCAGCACCCCCCAAAUGUGGUCCUGGAGUUCUAUGACCAUGACCAAGUGGGAAAGGACGAGCUCCUGGGGCGCAGUGUUUUUCCUCCACUGGUAAGGUUAAAUCCCGGCAUGGAUCAGACACCCAAACUGCUGUGGCACCCCAUCAUGCAGAAGGGGCGAGUGGAAGGGGAGGCACUGGUGGCAGCUGAGCUCAUCUUCAAAGAUAAGUCAGGAGAGUCAGAUCUCCCUCUGGUUCCCCCAAAAAGGGCAGAGAACCUCUACAUGGUUCCGCAGGGCAUCCGACCUGUUGUGCAGCUCACUGCUGUGGAGAUUCUAGCAUGGGGUCUGAGGAACAUGAAGCCUUAUCAGCUGGCCUCGGUGUCCUCACCCAGCCUGGUGGUGGAGUGCGGGGGACAGAGGGUAGAAUCUGCGGUCAUCAGGAACAUGAAGAAGAGCCCCAACUUCCCCAGCUCUGUCCUUUUCAUCAAAGUGCUUCUUCCGAAGGAUGAGAUGUACACGCCUCCCAUUGUGCUGAAAGUGAUUGAUCAUCGUCCGUUUGGCAGGAAACCAGUGGUGGGCCAGUGCACCAUCACCUCUCUAGAGCGGUUCCGCUGCGACCCUUACAUCAUCACAGCAGAGGGAGCCAUGUCUUCCAAAAUGGCCUUAAUGGCGGCAAUUCUUUACAAACAAGUCUCCAUCAACAUGGAAGAAAGCAGACCACUGCUGGAAGCUCAGUUCAUGCACAGCAUGUCAGCUGCUGUCAACAAAAUGGCGUCCACUACGUCCUAUUUUCACGUGGAGAAGGAAAAGCAAACAGUGGAUUGGUGGAGUAAAUUCUACAUUUCUGUGGGAGACCAAGAGAGAGGUGGCCCUUAUCUCAAGAAAGGAUAUGACACCCUCAAAGUGUACAACUGUGAAUUGGAAGAUGUCCCAGAAUUCAAAGGGCUGACAGACUUCUGCAGCACCUUCAAACUUCAGCGUGGCAAAAACGAGGACGGCGACCACGAUCCCAGUGUGGUCGGCGAGUUUAAGGGGUCGUUUAAGGUGUACCCCCUGCCAGAUGACCCGGGGGUCACCCCGCCUCCCCGGCAAUUCCGAGAGCUUCCCGACAGCGGCCCUCAGGAGUGUCUGGUCAGGAUUUAUGUGGUUCAGGCCAAUGAUCUCCAGCCCAAAGACAACAACGGCCGAUGUGACCCAUAUAUGAAGAUAUCCCUGGGAAAGAACACAAUUGAUGACCGUGACCAUUAUCUCCCCAAUACCACCAACCCUGUGUUUGGACGGAUGUUCGAGAUGACCUGCUUCCUGCCCCAAGACAAAGACCUAAAAAUCUCUGUGUAUGACCAUGACCAUCUGAGUCGCGACGAGAAGGUUGGGGAGACGGUGAUUGACCUGGAGAACCGCUUCCUGUCGCGAUACAACGCCUACUGUGGCCUGCCACAAACCUACUGCACUUCUGGAAUCAACCAGUGGCGGGACCAGUUGAAGCCGUCUGAGAUCCUGGAGAACCUUGCUCGUCUGAGAGGCCUAUCCAAGCCCAGGACUGAGGACAACGGCAAUUCUUUAAAUUUUAACGGCAAAGAAUACAAGCUGGCUCAGUUUGAGGACAACAAGGAGAUCCAUGAGCACCUGGGUCCAGCCCGGGAGCGUCUGUGUCUGCAUAUCCUCCGCACACAGGGGCUGGUUCCUGAGCAUGUGGAGACCAGGACCCUUAAUAGCAGCUUUCAGCCUAACUUGCCCCAGGGACGACUUCAACUGUGGGUGGAUGUGUUUGCAAAAAGGAUGGGUGUGCCCGGACCUCCCUUUGACAUCACACCACGCAAGCCAAAGAAGCAUUUCCUGCGCGCAGUCAUCUGGAACACAACUGAUGUCACUCUGGACGAGACCAGCGUCACCGGAGAGCACAUGAGUGACAUUUACGUCAAAGGAUGGAUGCCAGGAAUGGAAGAGGACAAGCAGAGGACGGAUGUCCACUACAGGUCUUUAGAUGGAGAUGGCAACUUCAACUGGAGGUUCGUGUUUGACUUUGACUACCUGCCUGCUGAGCAACUUUGCCUGGUCUCAAAGAAGGAGCACUUUUGGAGUCUGGACAAAACCGAGUUCAGAAUCCCCCCAAAGCUGACUGUCCAGAUUUGGGACAAUGACAAAUUCUCCCUGGAUGAUUAUCUUGGUACUCUGGAGUUGGAUUUGCACAACUUGGUUGCCCCUGCAAAGACCCCCGAAAAGUGUUCUCUGUCCAUGAUGGAGCAUGUGGAAAUGGAAGCUCCACAAAAGGCGGAAGCUGCCAAGUCUCUGUUUGCCCAGCAAUCAGUGAGGGGCUGGUGGCCAUGUUCUAUUGAGCAAGAUGGAAAGAAGACCCUGGGGGGUAAAGUAGAGAUGACUUUGGAAAUUGUUAGCGAGGUGGACGUGGAUGAGAAACCUGCAGGAAAAGGCAGAGAUGAACCCAACAUGAACCCAAAACUGGACUCUCCCAAGCGCCCUGAAACGUCCUUCUUUUGGUUCACCAACCCAUGUAAGACCAUGAAGUUCAUUGUGUGGCGACGGUUCAGGUGCCUCUUCAUCGGAAUCCUCAUUCUCGUCAUUGUGCUCCUGUUCCUCGCCAUCCUGUUGUACUCUUUACCGAACUACAUCUCAAUGAAGAUAGUGAAGCCGCUAUGAGCCAAACUGCAAACAACAAAAGAUCACAGUGACUUACAAACGAUCUUUAUUUUUAAUUUUUUUCAUCCUGUGUAGUUUUUAGGCUUGGAGCGGGAAGGGAUGCCUGCAUUAAUUUAACAUAUUCUGUCACAAAAUGUAAAUUUUAACAAGUGAUUAAAGCACGGCACUGACAGGUUUGGGAUGCAGGUGAGAAACACAAAAUGAAUGUAUUAAAGACUUUAAUAAAC